AUGACUCACGCCAACGGUGAACGCAACGGUGCGGCUAACGGCCCUUCCAAGACGGCUUUUGCCGACGAAGAUGUUGCCAUCAGGGCCAAUGCCCCCCAGGAAGUUCCGGCUCUCCUGAAGAAGAUCGCUGCUAGUGGCGAGGGGUUCAUUGCUGGCCAGGAUGAGGAAGUACGCGCCGGCUUGCUCGACACGGCCCGGUCACUGGUGUAUGCGCUGGAGACUCCUCGCGAGGCGAUGAUCAGGCUUUGCUGGGCGCAGAGUAGUGUCUAUGCUGCAAUCGAGACCGGUGUCGACUUGGGGCUUUUCACCGUCUUGUCCUGCGAUGAUACCCCGAAGAAUGCGACAUACCUCGCAGAGGCAACAGGCGCUGACCCGGCGAUGCUGUCCCGCAUUCUCAAGCACCUAGCGGCCAUGGGCGUCAUCACCGAAACAGGCCCAGACGUAUACCGUCGUACCGGCUUCUCAACCUCCUUAAUCUCACAACGAUACAGCGAUGGAUACCCAUGCAUGACUGGUUGUAUCACGGCCGGUGUCGAAGCCCUUCCCGCGUACCUCAAGAAGACAAACUACCGCAACCCCAGUGACGGCAGCAAUACAGCCUUCCAGCUCGGAUUCCGAACAAACUUACACUUCUUCGACUACCUCAAGGAGAACCCCGUGUAUGCCUCGCAGUUUAAUAAUCACAUGUCUGCGUACCACCAGGGACGGCCGAGCUGGAUGGAUGUCGGCUUCUACCCUGUCCCGACACUCAUUGAAGGAGCAGACCAUGGUGAGGACGACGUGCUCCUCGUCGACGUAGGAGGGAGCGUAGGACAUGACUUGUCUGAAUUCCGACGCAAAUGGCCCGAUGCCCCUGGCAAAUUGGUGCUGCAGGAUCUUCCUGCUGUGAUUGAGCAGGCGAAGACGACAGACCUCCAUCCAUCCAUAGUGCCUAUGGCGCAUGACUUUUUCCAAGAGCAGCCGAUCAAGGGUGCUCGCGCCUAUUACAUGCACUCCGUCCUCCAUGACUGGACCGACGAUAAAGGCCGGGAGAUCCUUUCGAACAUCACCGCCGCCAUGAAACCCGGGUACAGCAAGCUUCUCAUCAACGAGAACGUGAUUCCCAGCACGAACGCGUACUGGGAGACCACGGCGUUGGAUGUCAUUAUGAUGGCGGACUUCGCCUCGACUGAACGCACGGAAAAACACUGGCACGCGCUGCUGGAGUCUGCUGGGUUGAGGAUCGUCAAGAUCUGGACCGUGCGGAGGGGAGUGGAGAGUUUGAUCGAGUGUGAGCUGUCUUGA